CUUCACUCACCACCGUCGCCCGCUGUAUAUCCCCUUCAUCCUCACCCUUACCCACGAGCUAUUCACUUGGCCCACUGCCUUAUUUCCCUUCGCUUUCCGCUUGGCCAGCACCGACAUGGCGCUGCCAACCACCACCGUGGCGUGGUCAAACCCGCUACAGCCACCCGCCUACAAUCCCGUUGCUGCGCGCACGACGCUGGCACGACCUCCACCCGCCCAACCAGCCGCCGUCCCGUCCGAGAAACCGAAGAAGGUGGAGUGGACGCCCGAGGUCCGCGACUACGUGGGACGUGCUUUCGAGCCCGAGAAUACUAUCGCCGGCAUCUCUAAGGAAGAUACCACGAACAAACUGAGGGACGUUCUCAGCUACUUUGCUGAGCGGAGUCAGCUCGAGGGCAUCGAUUGGUCUACCUAUCCCUUGCCACAAGAGUUACUGCGGGACGAGCGCGCCGCUGCGUGGGCUCAAGCCCAGAACAACUCUCUCCUCUCUUCUCCUCACGGCCCCGCUAAUUCCACCUUUGACACUCCCCAAUCCAAGAAGCGCAAGUCGCAAGACAAAACGGAUCUGUCAGAAUCGGCAGACGCCUCUGUCCCGCCUUGGCGCCGAACUAACCUAGAAUCUCGCAUCACGUACGCAAAUGGCCACAGUGAGAAGCGCCAUAAGAAGAAUGCUCUAUCUGGAGAUGCCACUAGUAAGUUCGAUCAGGCUGAUCUGGAAAAGCGCAAGCAGCGUUUCCAGUUGAGCAAGAACGGAAAUUCUUCAACACCGCCAUGGAACUCCCCUAAGCCUGAUUCCGAUGCAGACAUGGAUAAUACCCCAUGCGUUGGCACCAACAUGAGUCUCGAGAAGAGCUAUUUCCGUCUGACAGCGCCCCCUAAGCCGGAAACUGUGCGACCUCAACACGUGCUCGAGAAGACCUUAGCCAUGCUGAGAAAGAAAUGGAAGGCCGACAAGAACUACGGCUACAUGUGCAACCAGUUUAAAUCCUUGCGUCAGGACCUUACCGUGCAGCACAUCAAGAAUGACUUCACUGUGAAAGUUUACGAGAGUCACGCCCGGAUCGCGCUGGAGCAGGGGGAUAUGGGUGAGUAUAACCAGUGCCAGACACAGCUGAAGGCCUUGUAUUCGCAAAAUUUGGCUGGAAACCCGGACGAAUUCACCGCCUAUCGCGUCCUCUACUUUGUGUAUACGUGCAACAAGACCGACAUGAACGACUUGUUGGCAGAAUUAACCCCCGCAGACAAAAUCAAACCGGAGAUCAAACAUGCACUUGACGUACGCUCAUCGUUGGCCGUCGGCAACUACCAUAAGUUUUUUAGACUGUAUACCAUCGCACCAAGAAUGGGCUCGUACUUGAUGGACAUGUUCAUCGAGCGCGAGCGCUUGCAUGCUCUCGCUAAUAUCUCUAGAGCAUACAUGACUGUCGGGCUUCGUUUCCUCACGGAUGAACUCCAAUUUGGAGACGAUGAUGAAUGCCGUGAAUUUCUAGAGUCCCACGGUGCUUCACAAGCCAUCGACAAGAAGCUCGACGAGCACGGCAAACCGCAAUUCCGUGUCAAAGUGAAGGAGGCCGCCUCUGUAUUCGAAAGCCUUCGACAGGCUGCAUUUGCCUUGGUAGACAUCAAAGGCCAAAAAUGAGUUGCCUCACAACCUCGAUGCGAUCCAUGAUGUCGAAGCUCGUCUACUUCAACCUUUUGUCCACUUUUCAUGUUUUGCACGAUACCCUGCGCCACUUUCCCACGUCACCGUUCUGGUCGCCCAGAACCCGACGCAAGCUUUCUAAACAGCGAUCACCCGGUAGCCCCUUAUUUCGUUUGCUGUUCUCAAUCGACCGGAACGCGGGGAAGCCGCUUUAUGCGACACUGUGCGAACGUUCUAGGAUCUUCAAUCUCAAACACGAGACGUCUGGAGAGUCUUCCUACGGAACACCCCGCGCCCGAGUGAAUCCACUUGGACCCCUUA